AUGAUGGACUCCGAGAAUCACACCUCAGAGGAGGAACACCUACACCCUCUCCCUCUCUCUUCAUCGAACGAUGGAUUACAAAACCUCGACCUCCACGAAAACCACGAUUCCGUGAAUAGUAAAUCGUACUCUAAUUACCGGAGCGUCAUGUCCACGCUCUCCGAUUCUCAAAACCAUCCUCUAUCUCCGCCGAGUCUCGUUUUACCGGCAGACUCCGAUCCGCUUCUAGCUCCGCCUCAGCACCACCGCGAAUUCACAAACCCUAAUUCCUCCGAUAAUUCCUCUUACAUCGACCCUCCCUCUUACGCAGACGCGACUUUCAGUCUGUUCGACGGUGAGACAUCUUCCAACGGUGGUGAUACUCCUACACGAAGCUCCUCUGAAGGUUUAUUUUUCUCGAGAUCUUCGUCUUCGAGCACGGAGUAUUUGAAGAUAACGGUUUCGAAUCCGGUUAAGGAGCAAGAGAAUUCGAAUUCGAUUGUUCCUGGUAAUAGUAGCUACGUGACGUAUUUGAUUACGACGAGAACGAAUGUCCCGGAGUUUGGAGGCUCGGAGUUUGGUGUAAGGAGAAGGUUUAAGGAUAUUGUGACGCUUUCGGAUCGAUUAUCGGAGGCUUAUCGGGGUUUUUUUAUUCCGCCGAGGCCGGAUAAGAGUAUUGUGGAGAGUCAGGUGAUGCAGAAGCAGGAGUUUGUGGAGCAGAGGAGGGUGGCAUUGGAGAAGUAUCUAAGGAGAUUGGCGGAUCAUCCGGUGAUUAGGAAGAGUGAUGAGUUUAGGGUGUUUUUGCAGGUGCAGGGGAAGCUUCCGUUGCCGACUACGACUGAUGUGGCGUCGAGGGUGUUGGAUGGUGCGGUGAAGCUUCCGAAGCAGUUGAUGGGGGAGAGUUUGAUUGCUCCUAGUGAGGUUGUGCAGCCCGCGAAAGGGGGGAGGGAUUUGUUGAGGUUGUUUAAGGAGUUGAAGCAGUCAAUGGCUAAUGAUUGGGGAGGUUCUAAGCCAUUGGUUGUGGAGGAAGAUAAGGAGUUUCUUGCAAAAAAGGAAAGGGUUCAUGAACUUGAACAGCAAAUUAAUAAUGCAUCUCAGCAGGCGGAAUCACUUGUUAAAGCACAGCAAGACAUGGGAGAGACAAUGGGUGAAUUAGGGUUAGCAUUUAUUAAACUAACAAAAUUUGAAAACGAAGAAGCUGUGUUGGACUCUCAGAGGGUACGAGCUACUGACAUGAAAGGUGUAGCAACAGCUGCUGUGAAAGCUAGCAGAUUAUUUCGAGAAUUAAAUUCUCAGACUGUGAAGCAUUUGCAGGAUACUCUUCACGAAUAUCUUGGAUUAAUGUUGGCUGUUCACAGUGCAUUCACGGAUCGCACAAGUGCACUAUUGACGGUACAGACCCUAUUAUCAGAUCUCUCUUCUUUGCAAUCAAGAGCUGAAAAACUUGAAGUGGCUUCAUCUAAAAUAUUUGGGGGUGACAAAUCAAGGACUCGUAAGUUAGAGGAGCUACAGGAAACCAUAAGAGCCACAGAAGAUGCAAAAAAUGUUGCAAUCAGAGAAUAUGAGCGGAUCAAGGAAAACAAUAAGAGUGAACUUGAAAGGCUCGAUAAAGAGAGGCAGGCUGACUUCUUAAACAUGUUGAAAGGAUUUGUAGUUAAUCAGGUUGGGUAUGCUGAGAAAAUAGCUAAUGUCUGGACAAAAGUCGUUGAAGACACAGCUGGAUAUGCUAAAGAGAACACUUGA